AAGAAGAACAGCGGAAGUGCCGUCUCAAACGCAUGGCGGUGUUUUACUAAUUAUUUGUCCUUUAACUGCAAAACAAACUUUAUCUUUACGGGUUUGGAGUGUAUUUUUCUUGGAUUCCUUGUAGCAGGACACAGUUUUUAACGAGAUGGAGGCGGAUUUGUAUGAUGAGUUUGGCAACUACAUCGGUCCAGAGCUGGACUCGGACGAUGAUGAAGAUGAGCUGGAUGGAGAUGACAGAGAUGUCGAUGAGGGGGAUGAAGACGAUGAUGACGAGCCAGCGGAUGCUGAUGAUGAUGUCCCGGGCAUGGAGGUGGUCCUGCAUGAGGACAAGAAGUACUAUCCCACUGCAGAAGAGGUGUAUGGACCAGAGGUGGAAACUAUCGUCCAGGAGGAAGAUACACAACCUCUUACAGAGCCCAUCAUCAAGCCUGUGAAGAACCGGCGCUUCACCUUGAUGGAACAGGAAUUACCUGCAACUGUGUACGACAUGGAAUUUCUUGCAGAUCUGAUGGAUGCGACUGAGCUGAUCCGUAACGUUACCCUCUGUGGACACCUUCACCACGGCAAGACCUGUUUCGUAGAUUGUCUGAUUGAGCAAACGCAUCCAGAAAUCAGGAAGAGGGAUGAUGUUGACCUCCGGUACACAGACAUCCUCUUUACAGAGCAGGAGAGGGGAGUUGGCAUCAAAAGCACUCCUGUCACAAUGGUCCUGCCUGACUCCAAAGGAAAAUCCUACCUGUUCAACAUCAUGGAUACACCAGGCCACGUGAACUUCUCUGAUGAGGUCACGUCCAGCAUGAGGAUCUCGGACGGCGUCGUCCUCUUCAUAGACGCUGCAGAAGGAGUGAUGCUGAACACGGAGCGGCUCAUCAAACAUGCCGUUCAGGAGCGCAUGGCGAUCACCAUCUGCAUCAACAAGGUGGAUCGGCUCAUCGUGGAGCUCAAGCUGCCUCCCACAGAUGCUUAUUAUAAACUCCGCCACAUUGUAGACGAGGUCAACGGGUUGCUCAGCACUUACUCCACAGACGAGAACGUGGUGGUGUCUCCUCUCCUCGGAAACGUGUGCUUCGCCAGCUCUCAGUACAGCAUAUGCUUCACGUUGGGGUCCUUCGCAAAGAUCUACGCCGACACAUACGGCGAUAUCAACUAUAAUGAGUUUGCCAAGAGGCUCUGGGGAGACAUUUACUUCAAUCCCAAAACUCGUAAGUUCACAAAGAAAGCUCCCACCAGUAACUCUCAGCGCAGCUUUGUGGAGUUUGUCCUGGAGCCUCUCUACAAGAUCCUCUCACAGGUGGUUGGGGAUUGUGACACUUCUCUCCCCCGAGUUUUGGACGAGCUCGGCAUCCACCUCUCCAAGGAGGAGCUGAAGCUGAACAUAAGACCGCUGCUGCGGCUGGUCUGCAACCGCUUCUUUGGAGAAUUCACAGGUUUAGUGGACAUGUGUGUGCAACACAUCCCCUCGCCACAAGAGGGCGCCAAGACUAAGAUAGAGCACACCUAUGCCGGAGGUCUGGACUCAGACUUGGGGGAGUCGAUGUCAGAGUGCGAUCCUGAUGGUCCUCUGAUGUGCCACACCACUAAGAUGUACAGCACGGAGGACGGCGUGCAGUUCCACGCGUUUGGCAGGGUUCUGAGCGGCACCAUUCAGGCGGGCCAACCCGUCAAAGUGUUGGGAGAGAACUACACGCUGGAAGAUGAGGAGGACUCGCAGAUCUGCACCGUGGGCCGCCUCUGGAUUUCCGUCGCCAGAUAUCAAAUUGAAGUAAAUCGAGUGCCUGCAGGCAAUUGGGUUCUCAUUGAGGGGUGUGACCAGCCAAUCGUGAAGACCGCCACCAUCACAGAGCCCAGGGGGAACGAAGAGGCCCAGAUUUUCAGGCCUUUGAAGUUCAACACAGCCUCAGUUAUCAAGAUCGCCGUGGAGCCAGUUAACCCGUCAGAGCUGCCCAAAAUGUUGGACGGUCUUAGGAAGGUCAACAAGAGCUACCCGUCUCUCACCACAAAGGUGGAGGAGUCCGGGGAGCAUGUGAUUCUGGGGACAGGUGAGCUUUACCUGGACUGCGUCAUGCACGACCUGCGCAAGAUGUACUCGGAGAUUGACAUUAAAGUGGCCGACCCGGUCGUGACCUUCUGUGAAACGGUUGUGGAGACGUCGUCUCUCAAGUGCUUUGCUGAGACGCCCAACAAAAAGAAUAAGAUCACCAUGAUUGCGGAGCCGCUGGAGAAGGGACUCGCCGAGGACAUCGAGAACGAAGUGGUGCAGAUCACGUGGAACAGGAAGAAGCUGGGGGAGUUCUUCCAGACCAAGUACGACUGGGAUCUGCUGGCCGCCAGGUCCAUCUGGGCCUUCGGGCCGGACACGACGGGGCCCAACAUCCUCGUGGACGACACGCUGCCUUCAGAAGUGGACAAGGCGCUCCUCGGCUCCGUAAAGGACAGCAUCGUUCAGGGAUUCCAGUGGGGCACCCGAGAAGGACCCCUGUGUGACGAGCCCAUCAGGAAUGUGAAGUUUAAGAUCCUGGAUGCCGUGAUUGCUCAGGAGCCGCUCCACCGAGGAGGAGGUCAGGUCAUCCCCACAGCCAGGAGAGUAGUGUACUCCGCCUUUCUAAUGGCCACUCCGCGGUUGAUGGAGCCGUAUUACUUUGUGGAGGUCCAGGCUCCGGCCGACUGCGUGUCUGCGGUCUACACAGUACUGGCUCGCAGGAGGGGUCACGUUACCCAGGAUGCACCUAUUCCCGGCUCUCCUCUCUACACAAUUAAGGCCUUCAUUCCAGCCAUCGACUCCUUCGGCUUCGAGACGGACCUCCGCACGCACACGCAGGGCCAGGCCUUCGCUCUCUCCGUCUUCCACCACUGGCAGAUCGUUCCCGGUGAUCCGCUGGACAAGAGCAUCGUGAUCCGACCGCUGGAGCCGCAGCCUGCACCCCACCUGGCCAGAGAGUUCAUGAUCAAAACCCGGAGACGCAAGGGUUUGAGUGAAGACGUGAGUAUCAGCAAGUUCUUCGACGAUCCUAUGUUGCUGGAGCUGGCAAAACAAGACGUGGUGCUUAAUUAUCCCAUGUGAGACUGCAGA